GCCGCCGGGAUGUCUGCCUCGGACAGAGUGGUCGUGGUGCUUGGAGGGGCUGGCACGGUGGGAUCCGGGAUAGUGAAGUCACUGCUGGAGAGAGGUAAGGGCAGCCGGCUGAGUGGGGCGUUUGGCAGAGGUGACGAUGGGGAGUUGGUUGAUUUCUUUUCUAACCACAGCACAUGCGGGCUGGCAGGUGCAGCGUGGGCUUUGCCCUGGCUGUGAAACCGGGUCCCCUCCUGCUGAGACCAGCCCCUGCCAGCUCCUGGAUGAUUGCAGACCCUUGGAUCUGGGGCAGCAACAGGGCCAAAAAGCUGCUGUGUCCCGGCCAGGCAGCCGGCUGACUCUGGGGUGGAGCUGAGCUGAGAGCACCCUGCUGGGGGGGGGACAGGACCUCGCCCGUGAGUGAGGGGAAACCCGCUGUGGGUGCCUGCUGCCCCGGUGUGUUGCUCAGCCCAGCCUUUCUCGCCUGCCCCUAGCGAGCAAAGGGCAUGGGCCGGCUUGGGCACGCACUGCUCCCAGCUCAGCCACGGCCGUGCAGGAGGGGCAAGUGCCCUGGCAGAACUGCCUGUGUGAAUUCUGCCAGCGAUGGCACGGUGCUGGGCGGCUUGCCUGCCCUCGGCGCUCCGGUGCCCCCUGCACCUGCAUGCUGCACCUCCUCUCUGCCUGGCUGGAGCCUGGCUCUGCCUCUUACUGCCUGGCAUCUCACCCCACGGCAGCCUGGCUCGUGCCCCAAAUCGCUCUAGGACGCCAGCACCCUCCAGCCGGGGGUUAGUUUUAGGUGUAGAAGGCUCCACCCAGACCCAUGGGCAGGAGGCGGCUGGGGCCCAGCGUGGGCAGAGCUGUUGCUCUAUGGGUGCGAUGCCCCGAUGAACAGCUCUGCUUCCAGCCCCGUGUUUGAAGGGAGAGCCACGUGCCGAGACAAGCAGAAAGGGGGGAGAGAGAGAUGACUCUGGUGUUUUCUCCCGACAGCGCCACGCCCAGCCGAGCACCCAGAUGCCUGCGGUGGGGGUUGGUGGGAGCAGCGUGGCGCUGGCACAGCCGCGUUUGCACGUGUUGCACAGAGCUGUGGUGAAGGAGGAGAUCUGGGGCAGCUCCCCCUCCUCACCAAGGCCCCGUGAUGUGGCAUUGUGUGCGCAAGGCCGGGUGCUGGGCGGGUCACGAGACAGGGAGAGCAGCUCCCUUGCAAGAGGGGAAGGCGAAGGGUCUGGCUUUACCAAGGCUCCUUCCAUCACCUCCCCGCGCCCCUGUGCUAGCCCGGAGCAUGCAGCAGUUUGCCCUCACCCCAGCUCUCCUGACGAGCUGCUACAGGGAGGAGUGUCAGUAUCACCCCCUCCUCUGCUGGGAGAUGGAGAUUCCCUGUGGCAGGCCUGGAGCGUCUCCCUCCCUCCCUAGCCCAGGGCACUGUCCCUGUUUCUGGAGAUUCCCUCACUCACCAGCACAAGCUGCGCUGCCACCCCAGGCCUGGUCCCAGGGCCGCCCAGGGGACAAGCCGCGACCCCUCCCUGCUAACAGGACAGUGCUGGUAUGCGAGGACCCAGGAAGCCCUGGGCAGAGGCUCUGUAUGCUGGGGUCAAGGGGCUGUGCUCGCGAGCUCCCUUCCAGCCGGCUGCAGGACGCUUCGGGCUGCGUCUCCCCGACACCCUCUCGCCCACAGGUUUCCGAGUCGUUGUCGUCUCCCGCGAUGGAGCCAGGCUGGAGAAACUACAAAGCUUUGUGCCGGCGCCGACCCGUGACCGUCUGCACACGCUCAUUGGGGAUGUGGGGUCCGAGGAGGGAGCAGAAGCCGCCAAGGAAGCCCUGCUGAAGAGCGUUGGGAAGGUCACGGACGUGGUGUCGUCGCUGGGCUUCAGCUGGUGGCAGGGAGGCCCCCCCCACACUCAGACGCUGCAGGAGCUUCAGCGGGUCCUGGAAACGCUGUUGCUGAGCACUUUUACGUCCUGGAAAGCGUUCUUCCCUCUGGUCCAGGAGAACCCCAGUGGCUCCUACACCUUCAUCACAGGAGGGGCUGGCGAGCGUCUCCUCAUGCCAGGCACAGGGUUCCUGACGCUGGGGGCUGCGGGUGCACUGGCCUUCUGCCAGGUGGUCCGGGAGGAGUACCCAGACGUGCCCUGCAAGCUGAAUGAGGUGAAGAUUGACAUGGGGGUGGCGACCCCGGAGCGUUUGCGCCCCGGCUACGUGAGUCACCUGGAGGUGGGCGAGGCAGUGGCCUCUCUGGUCGAGAAGGGGAGUGUCUCCCACGCCGUGCUGUGCGCCCACUCGCCAGCCGACCUGAAGACACUGACCCUGGAAGGGAAGAUCUGAGGCCUUUGCGAAGCCCUCUCGAGCUGUGUCCGCUCUUAGCCCCCCCUGCUCCCUUGUACAGGGCUCCUGGGUACGUCUGCCCCGUGCGCCGAUCCCCGGCCGGGAUGGGUGGGCUCAGCUGGGACUCAACUCUGAGCGGAGCUGCCGGCACGGCCAGCACCGCAUCACUCUUGCUCACCGCCUAGCGAGAGCAGCUGAUGCCUCCUUUCCCUGCUGGGGACCCAGGAUCUCUUCUCUCCUCCCUGGCCCAGUGGAGGAAGGGCUGGGCUAGGCGAGGGCAGAGCAGCUGCUGUGGCUGGCAGGAAUUCAGGCUGGGGCAGCAGGUCUGGGAGGAGCAGCCGUGGCCCCAGCGGAGGGGGAAGCCAGCCCCGAGCACCCUGCAGCCAUAGGGCAAGCCCCACAUUUCAGCUCCUUCUCCAGCCAGUUGCCUGCUCUGGUGAGUCAUGCCCAGCUGGGCAGGUCCGUCCUUCCAGCCAGCAAGUGGCCUGCCCUCCACAGCCUGCCCUACGUCCCCUCCACCGCACAGAGGCUGCGAUUCUAUCAGGCCCCUUCCACGCUGCUCUCUCCUCCGCACGCCCUUCCGAGCGGCCGGGCCCUGUGCUGUGUCCCAUCCCUAGAGCGGGGAGCUCGGGGUGCUCGCGAGACAUGCAGCCCUGGGCCCCGGACCCUGUUGUUAGUUUCUCCAUCACAGCGAAGCUCUGAAAAGUCACGUGCUCCAGUUGGCACCAGACCUCCUGCCCCAGCCUCAAGGCUGGGCACAUUCUCUGCCUGGCUCUCUGCUCCCACUAGAUGUCUCGUGGUUUUGCAUGUUUU